CUCUCGGAGGUCCCACUGAAGAGGAGUUACUGGAGCUUUUGGACCAGUGUGAUCUGGCACUGACCCGAACACCAGACAUGAGUCCUGCCGCGUCUCUCACACACUCCUCACGCAACUCCAUGUGCAGUCUUCAGUCUCAGUUCGGUGAAAUCGGUCGAGCUGCCGGUGGUUUUCGGGGUCCGGCUCCUCUGACCGGUAGUCUGCCCCGUCAGGCCCCGCUGGUUCCCCUCAGCAAACCCCACCUCGGCCUGAGCCAGUCAUCUCUGGCCAGCAGCGAUGGCCUGGGCUCCAUCCGCAGGGGCAGCUUUGUGGAGCGCUGUCAGGAGAGAGCCAAGAGCUCGGACACAGCCGGCCUGGACGCGGGGAGACGCAGUUUAGCUGUGUGCAGUGAGCUCGAAGCGAGACUCGGCCUCAGAAUGCAGUCGCCAUUCUCCACACCUUCAUCAUCCUCCUCUUCAGCAGCAGCGGCAUCCAUGAGAAGACCAGCUUCGGCAGCACCAAGUCCUGCUCCUUCACCGCUCAGUCCAGCCAGAUCACAGACACCCACGUCUCCAAGACGACCCCUGACCUCUCCGACCAGUGAGAGCCCGUCCAAUGAGAAUCCGACUGGAUUCGUCUGA